AUGGUGAAGGAGAAUCUGCCCAGCUGGGUCCACCAGGACUCAGACGAGGGUCUCGUCCACGUGAAUGUUGGAGGUCUGAAGAGGAGUCUCUGUUCCAGCACGCUGAAGAAAUUCCCAGACACCAGACUGGGAAAGCUGCUGGCAUGUGAUUCAGAGGAAGAUAUACUGCAGGUGUGUGAUGACUAUGAUGUGCAUCAGAAGGAGUUUUAUUUUGACAGGAAUCCCGGCCUGUUUCCUUAUGUCCUCCACUUUUACCAGACUGGCAAGCUUCACAUCAUGGAGGAGCUGUGUGUCUUCUCCUUCAGUCAGGAGAUUGAGUACUGGGGCAUCAAUGAGUUCUUCCUGGACAGCUGCUGUAGCUACCGUUACCACGACCGCAAGCUGGAGAGCAGCCGGCAUCGCAGCUGGGACGACGAGAGCGACGUCAGCAGCAUAGACACGUCUGUGGACGAGAUAUCGGACUUAAACAGGGACAUGCAGCAUUUCCAGGAGGUGCGUUUUGGGAACAUCAGGAAGUGUUUGUGGCUGACGCUGGAGAACCCGGGAUACUCCAUCCCCAGCAAGCUCUUCAGUCUGCUCUCCAUCGGAGUGGUGCUCACGUCCAUCGCCACCAUGUGCAUCAACAGCAUCCCAGAGUACCAGACUUUCGACUCUGAUGGACAGCUGGUGGAGGAUCCCACCAUGCAGACUCUGGAGGUGUUCUGCACCUGCUGGUUCACCUUCGAGGUUGUGACGCGGCUGCUGCUCGCACCGAACAGGAAGAAGUUCUUUCAGCACCCUCUGAACAUUAUCGACAUGGUGUCUGUGGUUCCCAUCUACAUCACCCUGGUCUUCGACAUGACGGUGGGAUCCGAGUCUGAACUGGGAGACCUGGGGCGACUCAUACAGGUGUUCAGGCUGAUGAGGAUCUUCAGGGUGCUGAAGCUGGCCCGCCACUCCACAGGCCUGCGGUCUCUGGGGGCGACGCUCCGGCACAGCUACCGUGAGGUCGGCAUCCUGCUGCUCUACCUGGCGGUCGGAGUGUCUGUCUUCUCUGGUAUCGCUUACACCGCUGAAUACGAAGAGGACGUGGGUCUGGACACCAUCCCGGCCUGCUGGUGGUGGGGGACGGUCAGCAUGACCACGGUGGGCUACGGGGACGUGGUGCCUGUCACGGUGGCCGGGAAGCUGGCGGCCAGCGGCUGCAUCCUGGGCGGCACCUUGGUGGUGGCGCUGCCCAUCACCAUCAUCUUCAACAAGUUCUCCCACUUCUACCGGCGACAGAAGGCUCUGGAGGCGUCGGUGAGGAACAACAACCGCAGGAAGAUCAGGAUGAGCUGCGAGAACGUGCCGGAGGAAGACGAGGAGGACGAGGAGGAGGGAUCAGACGGGGACAGUCGCUGUCUGGACGAUGAUGAUAUCGAUGAAAGCGAGGAGGACGAUAUAGAUUAUGAGGAUGAAGGAGGAGUAAUAAACUACAGCUAUGUGGAGCAUCCGUCCUACAUGUCGAUACUGAGCAAGAAGGAACUGCAUCAUCAGCUGUGAAGACAACCAGACCGCAGCUGCUACAGGCUGCGUUCACACUGGAGAUGAAACCAGUUCAGAUUUUGGAAAGAAAUGCUGUCAUCUCUGAUUCACAUUCAUAUUUGAUCAUGAAUCGGACUUUCAUCUGAACCAAAGUCGUGCAUAAUGUAGUGUGAGCUGUAGGCUUCAUGUGUGAGCUCUACGACUGGCUGCUCUCAUUGAUUUAACAGAACAAACCUGGAGGACAAUAACAGCAGAGGGCUGCAGUAUGAGCAGCAUUCAGGCAGAUGCUUCUACAAUAUACACAGCUGGAGGGGCCAUGUUAUACAUGAGUAGUGUCUGACACCAAACUGGGACUUGGACCGUGAUUUUUGGGCUUCCAUGAUAAUUAGUGCAUGUUGAUUGUUUCAAGGAGGGAAGUUUGUUCAAUCUGAUGUUGUUGUUGAAAAAACCUCAAAGUGAACGUACAGAGCUGGUGAGGUGGAGUAGCAUGCACAUGUAUGGAAUGAAGCGAAUAAAAAGUGUCAUGAAAAA